CACACCUUGCCUGCCCGUGGUGGAAGGCUAGCGAGGUCCUAGACCAGCUGUCUUGCGCGCGCCGCCUCGACUUCCGCGACGACAAGCUGUCUUCCACGAACGAAAUCGACGCCGAUAAUUCUCCAACUGACUGAUCCCCCCGUUGGUUGCCAAUAUGUCGGCCCUCUUCAACUUCCAGUCGCUCCUCCUCGUCCUCUUGCUGCUCAUCUGCACAAGCUCUUACGUCCACCACUUCGCCCCGAGCAUUAUGGACAACAGGAAGGAUGGUGCGAUGGGAAUCUUCUGGAAAUGCGCAAGGAUAGGGGAACGAUUAAGUCCCUUCAUAAGCAUAUGCUGUGUCCUCAUGGCUGUAUGUCCGGCCUCGUAUCCAUGUCGUAUUCUAGUUGCUGACAAAAUCCAGGUCUCCAUCCUCCUUAACUAGAUUCCGCGACCCCUACGAAACGUUUCCCUAAGAUAUCGCGACAGACGGGAGUUAGGUGGCCGACUUGCGACGGCGGCGGCGAUUG